AUGAUAGAGCAAGAAAAAGAAACAAGUUGUUCAAAUUUUAUUGACGGUGAAUUCCCGGUUUCGCGAUUACUUUUAGAGUAUGAUGCCAAUGACGAAAAAAAAAAAGAUUCAGAAGAGGAAAUCUUAAAUAAAGACCUCUCACGCUUGGUUGUUAAACCAAUCAAUUCCAAACACAAGAGAAUUUUAGCAUUUUUUGCAGGAGCCGAUUCAAUUGUUAACAUUAAUAUUAAGAAAAAAUUAUCAAAAAUAACUGUCAAAGAAGCUGAAAUUGCUUAUGGAUUCCAACAAAUGAUGGAAGAUACGCAUAGUGAAGUUUAUGCAGACAUGUUAAUCAAAAUUAUUACAGAUCCGGUUGAACGCGACGAACUUAUUAAUGCGUUUAAAACAGUUGCAUCUAUUAAGAGAAUGAUUCAAUGGGCUCAACGAUGGAUUAAUUCUAAACGCAGAAUUGGGUACUCGAUUGUCGUAUUUUGUAUUUUUGAGGGAUUAAUGUUUUCGGGGGCUUUUGCCGGAAUAUAUUGGCUCAAAAAGAUUCUUGGCGAAGAUAUAAUGAAAGGUUUAAUACAAUCAAAUAAUUUAAUUGCCAAAGAUGAAGGCAUGCACACAAUUUUCGGAUGUGUCAUUUACACCUUCAUUAUUUAUAGACUGUCUUUUGAGGAGAUUUGUGAAUUAAUGAAAGAGGCUGUUGAAAUUUGCAAAUCUUUUACAAAAGACGCAAUUUGUGUUGACAUGAUUGGUAUGAACGUCGAACUUAUGUAUAAUUACAUUGAGUAUGUUGCUGACAGGCUUAUGGUAUAUCUCGGUUAUGAAAAGAUCUUUAUGACAAAAAUUCCUGAUCAGUUUCAGUUUAUGGACACAAUCGGUUUUCUUAAUAAGGACAACUUCUUUGAACGUCGUGCAACCGAAUAUCAAAAAGCUUAUAAUGACCGAAAUAGGGCUGACUGGAACUUUAAACUUCUCCCUAUUUACUAA